AUGGUUGAUUUCCAGGAAACCUUGGAGAUUACGCCGAAACUGUUUUUGGAUUAUGCUACCCUGAUGGAAUACGUCGAAAAAUCGGAGAAAGUUGCUGUGAACUGCACACAGUUAGUGUGUGGUGUUUGUGCAGGCAUAAUUCUACUGCGGAUAGCUCGAUUUCUGCCUUUAUUGUUCAAUUUCUACUCACUUCUGUUAUUUCUUGUGCCUUACCUUUUCUACGAAUUAAUCCACAAAAGGCGACGGUUACCUCCUGGUCCAACACCAUGGCUUGUAGCUGGCAAUAUGCCAGCUUUUCUCUUCUCUUCCUCCAUAGAUGAUCUCUUCCAGUCGUGGAAGGCUAAGUAUGGUGGUGUAUUCACCAUAUGGAUUGGUCCUAUUCCAUUAGUGAUGGUCAGCGACUUGGCGUCCAUUAAGAAAUAUUUUGUACAGAAUGCCGAAUUAUUCAGUAAUAGAUGGCGAAACCAUGUCACGGACACCUUUAUGGGUGGAGCAAACGGCGUCGUACAAAUUGAUGGUCCAAAAUGGAGGGAACAACGACGAUUUUCUCUUCAUGUUUUGAGAGAUUUUGGCGUUGGACGAGCUUUGAUGGAAGGAAAAAUUAUGGAUGAGGUAAACGCCUUUGCCACUUAUCUUCGCGAGAACCAAGGACGAGUUACAAUGAGUAGUCCUAUAGCUGUUUGCGUUGGAAAUGUUAUCAACAAUAUGCUUUUCGGGAUGCGAUUUCCUCAGGGCUCAGCUGAAAUGCAUCAUCUUCAUUCGCUUCUGGACCAACAAUCAAGACUUGUGAUAAAUCCUAUAAUGGGUCUUUACAUCGCUGCUCCAUGGACCACAGACAUUCCUCUGUUGAACGGAAAAUGGGCUGAUUUGAUGGCUAUUCGCCAGCAGCUUUACGAUUUUCUUCAGAAACAGAUCGAUGACCAUAGAUUGAGGCUUGCUCGUGGCGAAGCGGUUGAAGAUGAUUUUACAUUCACUUAUAUGCGAGAAAUGGAAAAUCGACGACAAACUGGCAGUGAUAUGGGCUAUUUUGACGAUUGGCAGAUGAAAAUGCUAUUGUUGGAUCUGUUCUUUGCUGGCAUGGAAACUACUGUGACUACACUGAAAUGGGGUUUCCUCAUGGCUGCUUGUCAUCCAGAAAUUCAACGUAAAGUACAAGAAGAACUCGAUAAUCAAUGCAUGGGUAGUAGAGUGACUCUGGCUGAUCGACCUCGUUUGCCUUACACUCAGGCUGUGAUAAAUGAAAUCCAGCGCUUUGCCAAUAUACUACCUAUAAAUUUGCUUCGAACUGUCGCUGAAGACGUUUCCAUCGAUGAUUAUCACUUUCCCCAAGGAACUCUGGUGAUUCCGCAAAUCUCGAUCCUCAUGAAUGAUGAGUGCAUCUUUCCCGAUCCGAAACGUUUUCGUCCAGAACGGUUUCUUGAUGAGAACGGAAAACUCCGUCGAAUCGACGAAUUUCUUCCUUUUUCCGUUGGAAAACGUCAAUGUUUGGGAGAAUCGUUGGCCAGAGCAGAGCUGUUUCUGAUAUUCAGCAAUCUUCUGAAGCAGUUUGAGUUUAGAGCCCCACCAGGGAAAGAGCUGUCCACAAAGCGAUUGCUAGGGUUGACUGUGUCUCCUCCAGUCUAUGAGUGUAUAGUGAAUACACGGAAACGAGACGAAAAUUAUAAUCUUGUCUGA